AUGGCUACCAUUGGCAAUUCAGACUCCCUCCCCAGUGUCUUCCAAGCCUUCACCGCCGAAUAUCCAAACAUCAAAGUCAUCCUGCCUGGCGAUGCAGAGUGGGCCGAUAUUACGAAAUCCUUCAUCAAGACUUCCAGCUCUCCGAGCAUCGUCGCCAGGCCGCAAAAUGCAUCAGACGUUCAGGAUCUAGUUCGAUUCUGCGUUUCGCACAAUAUCGACUUUGUGGUUCGCUCAGGCGGACAUAAUUGCACUCGCAGAAGCCAAGUCAAUGGUGCUUUGACUUUCGAUAUGCGCAAUAUCAACUAUGUCAAUAUUUCGGAGGAUAAGAAGACUGCUCAUAUUGGGGGAGGGAUCAUUACACGGGAGUUGGCGAAGGCUUUGGAUGCUGAGGAGCUAAUUACAACAACGCGCCGAAUGCUUCAGUUUGGUAUGUCGGUUGGGCAACACUCGGAAGUUACAGUCCUUUGUCUAAGAAGUAUGGACUGGGCGUUGACCAGAUCAUUGGCGCUAAGUAUGUCAAUGCUGAAGGCGUGCUUGUUGAUGCAGGUGGUGAAGAGCUGA